AUGGCCGAAGCACAGGUCAUGCCUCGUGGCCAAGGCGAGCAGCGAGAGGGAGGCGGAGGUGGCUUCAGCUUCAACAAGCUGCUUCUCGGUGGCGCUAUCUAUUUCGGCCUUAAUGCUGCCAUGAACUAUGCCACGAAGAAGGACCAGAAGGCAGUUACCAUCAACAACCCCAAGACUGGCGAGCCUAUCAAAGUCCCUGGAAACGUUGAAGGUAUUCCUCCUUUCGAACUGCGGCCGGAGUUCGUAGACCCCGGCAAGAUCUAUCGUGAGAUCCCCAAGAACGUCGCGCCUAUCUGGCCUCAAGACAGCCAUGUCGACAUCACCGUUACCCUCUCGCAGUCUUUCAACCCGGCUCCCAUCUCUUCCAUCCCUGAAGAAUAUCUCGUGCUGCAGGAGAAGGAAUUCCACCUGAGUAACAACAGCGAUAAACGAACGAUCGAGACCACAUUUACUGUCCCUCCCGCUGUCCAGCGCAAUGGUACUCUAUGGGGACAUUUCUACAUUGGCCUGCCCGGAAGCAACCUCGAUCCCAAGCAGCCAGGCUAUGAUACAUCGAAGGCAUACUACUUUACUUGGCCCUUGACCCAAUACCUUCCCAAGAAAAAGGUUGCAAAGACGCGAAACCUGCUCGAGAACGUGCCUACGACUGAGGAACCAGAGGAAAAAGAGCCAACCGGACCCAUCAUUGCCAACUACUAUCACCCCAAUGCUAGCUUCUCUUUCGUCCCAGAUAUGGGUGUCAAGGACUUCGCCAGUAUUGCCCCCCAGAUGCGACAAUACAUGCGACUUGAGGCCACUGGUGCUCGAGAUGGCUCUGGCCAGCAUGCCUGGUACUACCCUGUUCUCUUCGUCAACACUUUCUGGCAAUUGACGAAUCAAAUGACCAUUCUUAAUGAUACUGUCAAGGAGCUUCCUCUUCGCAUUGAUCUCAACAACAUGGCUAGCUGGCAGUUCCAGCUCAUGUCUACUCUCGAAACCAACAGCAAAGAGGCGGCCCGACAGGCUGCGUGGGGCGGCUCCCUCCCUGGUGGUGGCGACGGCACGGAGAUUGAAAUGAUCAAGGAGGUUUUCCUCGAUUCUAAUCCCAUUCUGCUCGGUAUCACCAUUGUGGUUAGUAUUCUGCACAUGAUUCUUGAGACUCUUGCCUUUGGAUCCGAUAUCGCGCACUACCGAAAGAAGAAGGACAACGUCGGUAUCUCGGUUCGAUCUAUCUUGGCGAAUGUCUUUAUGCAGGCCAUCAUCUUCCUGUAUCUCCUUGAUAACUCGCAGAACACCAGCUGGAUGAUCUUGGGAUCUCAGGUUGUCGGUAUAGUUAUCGAAUUCUGGAAGAUCACCACUGUUGUCAACGUUCGCGUCCGUCCCGGAGGCCCUGACUCUUUCCUCCCCUUUACCGUUAUUUUUGAGGACAAGCAAAAGUUGAGCGAAACUGAGGAGAAGACCAAAGAGUACGACGAGAUUGCUUUCAAGUACAUGUACAUGGCUGGAGUUCCUCUCCUGAUCGCAUAUGGUAUCUACUCGCUUUACUACGAGUCACACAAGUCGUGGUAUUCUUAUAUCAUUACAACUCUGGUAGGAUCUGUCUACGCUUAUGGUUUCCUGAUGAUGGUACCUUCUCUGUACAUCAACUACCGUCUGAAGAGUGUUGCCCAUAUGCCUGGCAAGGCUAUGUUCUACAAGUUCCUCAACACCUUCAUUGAUGACUUGUUCGCUUUUACCAUCAAGAUGCCAUUCCUCCAUCGCAUGGCAACUUUCCGCGACGAUGUUAUUUUCUUCGUGUACUUGUACCAGCGAUGGGCGUACCGUGUCGACUACAGUCGAGUCAACGAGUUUGGCCAGGGUGGUGAGGAUGAGGCCAUCGACGACAAGAAGGCCAAGGACGAAGCCAAAGACAAGUUGGUUGAGGAUGUCAAGGCCGAGGCCAAGACUACUGGCUCAGAUGCCGGCACGGCCAAGAAGCGGAAGUGA